GUGCUUCUUCCAUAAGAAUGGCGAAUUGCCCACUCAAUCGACUGGCAGGAUGGCCCGUAAGAAAUUUGGGGAGCGCAAUGUGUGACUUUGGCCCUACGGCACUGGGAUUUCACUUCUUCGAUACACUCGGAUGAAUCUCGCUAUGGAUGGGCCUUCUGGGAAACCUGGACUGUCGAGAUAAAAAUCCCAGGCCAGUUUUUCUUAGCCGAAUGGAAUCACCAUCACCAAUGGAUAUGAGUCAGGGCAAUCGUUAUCAGUUUGCCUCCCCGGACUGCAAACAAAGCAAACAAAGCAAACACAGCAAACCGACGAGUCACCGCCGGAGUCGCUGCUCGCAUCACGUGACAGCAUGUGCAUCACUUGAGUCAUACACCGCCAUCGGCAGUCGAGUCAUAUAGCCAGUCUGGAGACUUGCUACAGCUCAAUUCCCACCCCAACACAGCUCCAUCAAUCAUGCCCGGCGCCUUUCGAAUGACCGCUGCGCGGUGCAGCUCGGCCACCCGCCAGCUCCUGCAGCAACAUGCCUCGCAAACGCUCCCGCCGACCUCCCCCUUCGCGCCGCGCCAUCUGCUCUCGAUCGCCGACCUGACGCCGACCGAGUUCGCGACGCUGGUGCGCAACGCCUCGGCCCACAAGCGCGCCAUCAAAUCCGGCGCGAUCCCGCAGAACCUGCUGGGCGCGCUGACGGGCCAGACGGUGGCGAUGAUGUUCAGCAAGCGGAGCACGCGGACGCGGAUCUCCACCGAGGGCGCGGUGGUGCAGAUGGGCGGCCACCCGAUGUUCCUGGGGAAGGACGACAUCCAGCUCGGGGUCAACGAGUCGCUGUACGACACCGCGGUCGUGGUCUCGUCGAUGGUCUCGUGCAUCGUCGCACGCGUGGGCCCGCACGCCGACGUCGCCGGCCUCGCCCAGCACUCCUCCGUCCCCGUCAUCAACGCCCUCUGCGACUCCUUCCACCCGCUGCAGGCCAUCGCCGACUUCCAGACCCUGCACGAGACCUUCACCCCGAAGGCGCACCACCUCUCCAGCCUCGGCUUGGAAGGCCUUAAGAUCGCCUGGAUCGGCGACGCCAACAACGUCCUCUUCGACAUGGCCAUCAGCGCCGCCAAGAUGGGCGUCGACCUCGCCGUCGCCACCCCCAAGGGCUACGAGAUCCCCGCCCCGAUGCUGGCGCUCAUCCAGCAGGCCGGCCAGGGCGUCCAAAACCCGGGCAAGCUGAUCCAGACGAAUGUCCCCGAAGAGGCGGUCAAGGGCGCCGACGUGCUGGUCACAGAUACCUGGGUGUCGAUGGGCCAGGAGGCCGAGGCCCGCAAGCGCCUCCAGGACUUCGCCGGCUUCCAGAUCACCCCCGAGCUGGCCAAGCGCGGCGGCGCCAACGAGGGCUGGAAGUUCAUGCACUGCUUGCCCCGUCACCCCGAGGAGGUCAGCGAUGAGGUCUUCUACAGCAAACGCUCGCUUGUUUUCCCCGAGGCUGAGAACCGCCUGUGGGCGGCCAUCUCCGCCCUGGAAGGGUUCGUCGUGAACAAGGGCAAGAUCGAGUAAGAACGGGUUUGAUUGUGUACUCUUAAAAAAAAGCUCUUGAUUUUUGUUUUGAUGAGCGUGUAUAAGCACUUGGAUCCGGUGGGUUAUCUUGUACCGGAAGGGGGUUAUUGUCUAAGCACUAUUCCAAUGAACUGCAUGGAACUCAUUCGGUGACCGAUGAUGAGUCCUGAGGCUAUUCGAUUUUACUCAAGGUGCAUGUGUGCCUCUGCACAGUAGUGGGACUAGUCUGUCUCUCGUUCGGUAGAUCCGAGUACCAAAGCAUCCAUCAAUUAAUAGAGAUGUGCAUUGUAGGCUUGAGAUUGCCUCACAU